UACUGAGUCUUAUUCUAUAUGGUCUCUACAGGGUUCUGUAUGGUAAUAAGAUCACAGAUCUCCCCAGAGGACUGUUUGAGGGUCUCGGCUCUCUAGAACUGCUUCUCCUGAAUGCCAAUAAGAUCCAUUGUAUUCGAGCCACAGCCUUCCAGGACCUAGAGAAUCUAGCUCUGCUGUCUCUCUACGACAACAAGAUCCAGACCCUGGCUAAAGGAACCUUCUCACCCCUUCACAGUAUACAGACACUUCACCUGGCCCAGAACCCGUUUGUGUGUGACUGUAACCUGAAAUGGCUGGCAGACUACCUGAGGUCCAACCCCAUAGAGACCAGCGGUGCCCGCUGUGCCAGCCCACGCAGACUGGCCAACAAACGCAUCGGGCAGAUCAAGAGCAAGAAGUUCCGCUGCUCUGCUAAGGAGCAGUACCACAUCCCAGGUACAGAAGACACCCGUCUGAAUAAUGAGUGGCAACAUAACCUUAGCAACAACAAGAUCUCAGAGAUCGAGGACGGAGUGUUUGAUGGGGCGGGGUCUGUCAUGGGAGCUCCACCUGACAGCCACCCUUGGACUCUGAUGUUGAGGAACAACCGUAUCAGCUGUAUCCAUAACGGCAGCUUCACUGGUCUGACCAACGUCCGCCUGUUGUCUCUCUAUGACAACCAGCUCCACACCAUAAUGCAUGGGGCCUGA